CGGAGCGCAGUAUAUUUUUGCUUGUCUAUCUUUGGAUCUGUGUGCGUUUAACAGUAAUAAAGACAUAUUUUCUGAAUCGGUAAAUGUAGAUAUUUCAGACUGGAUCUUUACAUCUGUAUACCGUCUCCAAUUGGAAUAAAUAAUUGAGGAAUGUGGAAAUUACAGAAUGCCCAACAGCGUUGGAAAGAGAUUUAAACCCACCAAAUACAUCCCGGUAUCUACUGCUGCCACUUUUCUUGUGGGAUCCACCACCUUAUUCUUCGUUUUUACGUGCCCCUGGCUGACCAACACGAUCUCCCCCGCCGUGCCUCUCUACAAUGGCGUCGUCUUCCUAUUUGUGCUGGCCAACUUCAGCAUGGCUACUUUCAUGGACCCUGGAGUCUUCCCAAAAGCGGAUGAGGAUGAGGACAAGGACGAUGAUUUCCGGGCACCUCUCUACAAGAAUGUAGAGAUCAAAGGAAUUCAGGUCCGGAUGAAAUGGUGUGCCACCUGUCACUUCUACAGACCGCCCCGCUGCUCUCACUGCAGUGUGUGUGACAACUGUGUGGAGGACUUUGACCACCACUGCCCCUGGGUGAACAACUGUAUCGGGCGUAGGAACUACCGUUACUUCUUCCUGUUCCUGCUGUCGCUAAGCAUCCACAUGGUGGGCGUGUUCUCCUUCGGCCUGCUGUUCGUGCUGCACCACAUGGAGCAGCUGGGCACGUUGUACACCACCGUCACUCUAGUGGUGAUGUGUAUAGCAGGGCUCUUCUUCAUACCAGUCAUGGGCCUGACAGGCUUCCAUAUGGUCCUUGUCGCCAGAGGUCGUACCACUAACGAACAGGUGACGGGCAAGUUCCGUGGUGGAGUAAAUCCCUUCACGCGGGGUUGCUGUGGCAACAUCAAGUAUGUCCUGUGUGCUCCCCUGGCGCCCAGGUACAAUGGUGUGGACCCCAGGAAGAAGCCCCCUUUCUCCAUCCAGCCCCCCUUCAUCAGACCAGACCUCUCUGACAGACAGAUCAGCAUCAAGGUCAGCAACAACGGGUUCCACACCAGUAUCCUCCAGUCUAAAUCCAAGAUCAGUCUGGAUGGCCUGGCCGUGGAUGACAAAGGCCUAGACACCCAGCCUCCGCUACCUCCCAAAGCAGACCGCUACAACCAGCUGAAGAGCCAGCUGACGUCAAGCGAAGAUAGUUCCCUGUCCGGCAAGACCCAUCCCUCCACCCCGGCCAUGUACAAGUACCGGCCCUCGUUCGGCACCAUCCCUAAAGUCCAUUACCAUGCGGCAGGAGAGAAGAUUGUAAUGCCAGAUGACCACCGUAAGGCGUCAGCCAUCUUGGAGGAGGGCCGUUGCCAUGUCGACUACCGCUCAGAGCCCAACCUGGACCUGCCUGACUACCGCAACGCCCCUCUCCACCGCUCCUUCCAGUCCUACCCACUGCAACUGGACUCCUACCCCAUCAACUCCAGCUCCCUCAGCCUGAAGCAGGCCCACCAGCGCAGGGACAAGGGCCAGCUGCCUGUCCUGCAGCCUGAGACAGUCACCUCCACCCCCUACAAGAGCGUCUUCUCCCCACUGUCCAACCGCAACAGCAGCCUCUCCUACGACAGCCUGCUCAACCCCAGCAUUUCCCCAGCCACCGCAGCCGAGUGCAUGGCUCACCCCGGCAUGCCCUCUAUGGGCUCGCACUCACCCUACCUGCCAACCAAAAUGUGCCACGUGCGGGGGCCUGAACCUCAGAUCCAGAGGCAGCAGGUCCCCCCCAGCUUCAGCCCGGUGUUGGGCUUCAGGGGGAUGGGGAUGAGCAGGGGCAGGCAGUCCCCCCAGGACCGGGACCUGUCCCCGGUGUUGGGCUCCAGGGGGAUGGGGAUGAGCAGGGGCAGGCAGUCCCCCCAGGACCGGGACCUGUCCCCGGUGCGCUACGACAACCUCUCCAAAACCAUCAUGGCCUCCAUCCAGGAGCGUAAGGAGAUGGAGGAGAGGGAGAAGCUGCAGCUGCUGCACCAUGGGGGGUGCUCCCAAGCUCAAUCCUAUGCCCAGGCUCAGGACUCAGGCAUGUUCGACAGCUCUGGAGGGUACGGCCUGCCUCCCAGCGCCUGCUACCCGGAUAGUCCCCGGGACCCCAGCUCCAGAGGUCCCACGCCUCCAGCCUACGGAGGCUCUAGGGACAACCUGAUGGGGGUGGUGAGCUACGGGCCUCGGACCCCCGUGCUGCGCUCCUCUGGUGGCUCCUCUCUGGCACGUGCCCCCAGGACUUCCUCCAGCUCCCUGCACACUGACAGCAGCAUGCAGGGAGGCAGGGUCCCUGAACCCCCCUGCCGCUCCCCACCCCACCAGCCCCACCACUCCCCUGCCAUGCCCCAAUCCCCCUCCUACACCCACAAGAAACUCUCCUUCAUCCACGCCCUGGAGAGAACAGACUCACCCCGCCUGGGUGGCCCAAGAGAGGCCAUGAUGCAAAGUAAAGUGAAUGGGCAAACAGACUGCCAUCUAGCGCCCAACAGCUCCAGUGCCCAGGGCACCACUCUCAGCCCUAGCCGCCACAGUAACAUCAAAAAGGUGACUGGGGUGGGUGGCACAACCUAUGAGAUAUCUGUGUGAAAGGGCUGGGGCCCGGGGCGCCAAACCUUGAGGGAAGAGGCAUCAUUCUCAUGGCAUCCACAUCCAAUGACAACAACAACUGUGCUACACAGAGAGGGUUCUCUUCUUCCUUUGACCUUUUUUUAUUCGAUAUUGACCAAUCAGGGGCGCAUAGCAUUUCCUACUUGGGAAUUAUUGGCGGACCUCUGCUCUUUCCAUGCCUAGCCCUUGGUCUCUGUGUCUGUACUGGAGGAGUGCGCCGUGAUAUGUGUGUGUUUGAUGGGAAAAGAGCAACUUCAACCUAAAGAGGGCUGAUGUUCUUGCUGAGUGUUUUGUUGAAUUUUGUGGCUUGUUGCGUUGGUCAUCAGUGGACAGUCUGAAUGAGAUCUUAAAUUUGUCGUUUACAGCAUCUCAGUUGCGGUCUAGGUGCUGUUCUGUAUGAUCACACUCACUAACCACCCACCCAGGCCGCGAGAGGUUAAUACACAGACACCCUUACACAUACAGAUGAUGCCGCAUGUCUUUGUUCAGUCACAUUCUCUGAAAUAGCAAUGGUAUGGCGAGCCACCUCUAACCCAAUAAGUCAUCAAUACAGCACCAAUCCAUUAGAUUUCAGCAUACAGCGUCAAUCCAUUAGAUUCAAGCAUACAGCAUCACUCCAUUAGAUUCAAGCAUACAGCACCAAUCCAUUAGAUUAAAGCAUACAGCGUCAAUCCAUUUGAUUCAAGCAUACAGCGUCAAUCCAUUUGAUUCAAGCAUACAGCGUCAAUCCAUUUGAUUCAAGCAUACAGCGUCAAUCCAUUUGAUUCAAGCAUACAGCGUCAAUCCAUUGGAUUCAAGCAUACAGCGUCAAUCCAUUGGAUUCAAGCAUACAGCGUCACUCCAUUGGAUUCAAGCAUACAGCGUCAAUCCAUUGGAUUCAAGCAUACAGCAUCACUCCAUUGGAUUCAAGCAUACAGCGUCAAUCCAUUAGAUUCAAGCAUACAGCAUCACUCCAUUAGAUUCAAGCAUACAGCGUCAAUCCAUUGGAUUCAAGCAUACAGCAUCACUCCAUUGGAUUCAAGCAUACAGCGUCAAUCCAUUAGAUUCAAGCAUACAGCAUCACUCCAUUGGAUUCAAGCAUACAGCGUCAAUCCAUUAGAUUCAAGCAUACAGCAUCACUCCAUUAGAUUCAAGCAUACAGCACCAAUCCAUUAGAUUAAAGCAUACAGCGUCAAUCCAUUGGAUUCAAGCAUACAGCAUCACUCCAUUAGAUUCAAGCAUACAGCAUCACUCCAUUGGAUUCAAGCAUACAGCGUCAAUCCAUUUGAUUCAAGCAUACAGCGUCAAUCCAUUUGAUUCAAGCAUACAGCGUCAAUCCAUUUGAUUCAAGCAUACAGCGCCAAUCCAUUGGAUUCAAGCAUACACAUACCUCUUAUGAAUUCAAGGUGCUUUCAAGGUGCUUUCAAGGUGCUGACUGUGUCUGUCUUGUCCGUCAACAACAUGUUGGCCAUUACUGAGCAGCACAGAGAAAAUAUCACAUCGCACCAGUCAGUGUUAGAUCAAUGCAAUCUUUAAUAUAGUUCUAAUACCGUCACAAGGCUGAAUGGAUAUCAAACUGUUAAAUGGCAAUACAACAGUGCUGUGUGGCACUCAGAGACACAGGUCUUGAAUUUCUCCAACUACAUUUAUCCUCUGAGUUUUGAGGUGGUGCUUAAAGGCUUACAGUACAGGAGCAUAUUCAUCUCAACUCUAGCUGAGCUCCAGUAUUUAUUUAUCUUUAUAAACUGGGUGGUUCGAGCCCUGAAUGCUGAUUGGCUGAAAGUCAUGGUAUAUCACACCCAAUACCACAUGUAUGACAAAACAUUUAUUUUUACUGUUCUAAUUACGUUGAUAGACAGUUUAUAAUAGCAAAAAGACACCUCGG